UCGUACACAUGGCGAGAAAGAACAUGAAAAGAGAUGCAGAACAUUUAGACUGGAUUUGUGUCUCCAAGCAGCUCUACACCAACCCCGAAACAUCCAGCAGACAGUGCAGAAAAUUAUGCCAAAUAAAGAAGAACAGUGUGAUUUCCUGCUGGAUCUGUACUUCCAUGUGAAGCAGUAUGAGAGUAAAACAGGCAGCAGUGUUCUUCCAGCAUUACAACCAGUUUAUCAGUCAGUUUCAGUCUGGUCCAUAAAUCUCUCAGAGAGAAAAGUCUCCCUCCUCCUAGAAGUGCUGAAACUCCAAACACAGAAGAAACCAGUGGAGCUGAGAGACAGUACAGAUGAAGAGAGUGAAGUGAGGAGUUUCCUUCAAUGCCUGCCCUACAUCCCAGAACUCAGGUUUAAUGUGUUUAAGUCUAAACAUGGAACAGAGGAACAAAACAAGAGAUUUAAAAAAUUUACACUGGACUUGUGUCUGCAAGCAGCUUUACACCAACCACAAAACAUCCGGGAGACAGUGGAGAAAGUAACAGCAUAUGAUGAUGAAGAACAGAGUGAUUUCCUGCUGGAACUGUUCUCCCAUGUGAAGCAGUAUGAAAGUAAAACAGGCAGCAGUGUUCAUCCAGCCUUACUGCCAGUUUAUCAGUCAGUUUCAUACUGGUCCAUAAAUCUCUCAGAGCGAAAAGUGUCCCUCUUACUAGAAGUGCUGAAACUCCAAACACAGAAGACAGAAGUGGAUCUGAGAGACUGUACAGAUGAAGAGAGUGAAGUGAUUAAUUUUCUUCAGUGUCUGCCCUACAUCUCACAGCUCAGGUUUAAUCAGUUUGAGUCUAAACAUGGAAAGAAAGGGCAAGAAAAGAGAUUAAGAAAAUUUAAAAUGGACUUGUGUCUGCAAGCAGCUUUACACCAACCACACAACAUCCAGCAGACAGUGGAGAAAGUAAUAGCAUAUGAUUAUGAAGAACAGAGUGAUUUCCUGCUGGAUCUGUACUCCCAUGUGAAGCAGUAUGAGAGUGAAACAGGCAGCAGUGUUCUUCCAGCAUUACUACCAGUUUACCAGUCAGUUCCUGAUGUCUGGUCCAUAAAUCUGUCAGAGAGAGAAGUUUCUGUAUUCCUAGAAGUGCUGAAACUCCAAACACAGAAGAAACCAGUGGAGCUAAGAGAUUGCACAGAUAAAGAGAGUGAAGUGAAGAGUUUUCUUCAGUGUCUGCCCUACAUCUCACAGCUCAGGUUUAAUUCAGACUCUGCAUCCAUCUGGAUCCUUCAGUGUCUGCCCUACAUCUCACAAUUUAGGUUGAAUUCAGACUCUGCAUCCAUCUGUUUUUUGCUGAAUCUGAGCAUCGCAGCUGUCGACUGUCAAUCAUAUAAAGGAGAGAAUUUCACUGAGCUUCUGGCAUCAGUGUGCAGCUACAACACAUUCCCUUUUGGUGUAGAGUUUCAUGGAUUCCAAGAAAAACAAAGUGAUUUUCUGCUGGAUCUGUACUUCCAUGUGAAGCAGUAUGAGAGUGAAACAGGCAGCAGUGUUCUUCCAGCAUUCCUGCCAGUUUAUCAGUCAGGUCCUGAUGUCUGGUCGAUAAAUAUCUCAGAGAGAAACAUCUCCUCCUCCUAGAAGUGCUGAAACUCCAAACACAGAAGAAACCAGUGGUGCUGAGACACUACACAGAUGAAGAGAGUGAAGUGAGGAGUUUCCUUCAGUGUCUGCGCUACAUCUCACAGCUCAGGUUGAAUUCAGACUCUGCAUCCAUCUGUUUUUUGCUGAAUCUGAGCAUCGCAGCUGUCGACUGUCAAUCAUAUAAAGGAGAGAAUUUCACUGAGCUUCUGGCAUCAGUGUGCAGCUACAACACAUUCCCUUUUGGUGUAGAGUUUCAUGGAUUCCAAGAAAAACAAAGUGAUUUUCUGCUGGAUCUGUACUCCAUGUGAAGCAGUAUGAGAGUGAAACAGGCAGCAGUGUUCUUCCAGCAUUCCUGCCAGUUUAUCAGUCAGGUCCUGAUGUCUGGUCGAUAAAUAUCUCAGAGAGAAACAUCUCCCUCCUCCUAGAAGUGCUGAAACUCCAAACACAGAAGAAACCAGUGGUGCUGAGACACUACACAGAUGAAGAGAGUGAAGUGAGGAGUUUCCUUCAGUGUCUGCGCUACAUCUCACAGCUCAGGUUUAAUUCAGACUCUGCAUCCAUCUGUUUUUUGCUGAAUCUGAGCAUCGCAGCUGUCGACUGUCGAUCAGAUAAAGGGGAGAAUUUCACUGAGCUUCUGGCAUCAGUGUGCAGCUACAACACAUUCCCUUUUGGUGUAGAGUUUCAUGGAUUCCAAGAAGAACAGAGUGAUUUUCUGCUGGAUCUGUACUCCCAUGUGGAGCAGUAUGAGAGUAAAACAGGCAGAAGUGUUCUUCCAGCAUUACUACCAGUUUAUCAGUCAGGUCCUGAUGUCUGGUCCAUAAAUCUCUCAAGAGAAACAUCUCCCUCCUCCUAGAAGUGCUGAAACUCCAAACACAGAAGAAACCAGUGGUGCUGAGACACUAUAAAAUUGAAGAGAGUGAAGUGAGGAGUUUCCUUCAGUGUCUGCCCUACAUCUCACAGCUCAGAUGCGGUGAAAAUUUAACUACACGUUUAAUUAAAGCCGUUGUUGAGAAUGCAGAAGAUACAGAGUUGGUGAAGGAUUUCUUUGCUGCCACGGACUCCAUCUUCAUUAUAGAUUGGGUUUUAAGCACUCGUGAGUGCAGAGCUGUGGGAAAAGUGCUGAAAGUCUCGGACUCUAAUCUCAAACUCACUCUGACACCCCGGGGCAUCUCUCUCCGUGGACUCAGGCUUCUCUUCAGCCACAGAACGCACCUUCAGAAACUCUGCCUGAGUGGACGUGUGGUACAGAGGAUGGUCCAAGCAUUUCGAGCAGUGAGAUCCUGUGCCUCAGUGGUCAUUGAUGAGCUCUGCAUGGACCUAAACAGCAUAACACCAAAUAAAACGAUCACAUAUCUGAGCAGUUUGUGUUCCCUUCUGAACAUAUGGACUGUUCACUGUGUGAACCUCAGUAAGUGUAGAAUAGAUGCUCAUUCUCUCAUCAGUCUCAUGUGUCAUCCUGGGCAUUUACAAAUCAGGUUAUCAAAAGAGACUCUCCAGAAGUUUACUGAUCUGCUGUGUGAGGUGAGGGAUGGAGAACUGACCCGCUUUUUCCUGG